AUGGCAAUAAGCAGCACAUCUGCGGUUUGCCUACCGCCAGCGCGUGGCUCACGCGCCAAUCAGCUCGUGAGCAGCGCUGCUGACAUUUCGGGCUGGGGCGCUACCGAGCAGAACAAUCAGCCUAGCGAUGUGAAGCGCAAGGCCGUACUCUACGUCCAGCCACAAGAACAGUGUGAGGCGUCUUUUCACCAGCUUGGCUACACCAUUAAUAUUGGUCAGCUUUGUGCUUCAGGUGGUGUUAACGUCGAUUCUUGUUUAGGCGAUUCAGGUGGUCCGCUCACCGUCGAAGCGUACACGCCCCAGAAAGAUCACUACGUUUAUCAGGCCGGCAUAGUUUCGUACGGCAAAGAGAUUUGCGGAGAGACAGACUUUCCCGGCGUUUACACAAGAGUCAGCACUUACAUGGACUGGAUUGAACAGACCAUAUACAACAACAACAACACCCCUGGAAACAUUAGUUAG